AUGGAUUUGAUAAAAAAUAAGGAAUACGAAAAAUUAAUUCUUCACCUAAGCGAGGAAGAUUAUAGAGCGGUUACACUGUUAGAUUUGCUUUUAUCAGAAGGAAAUAGAAUAAUUGGUGAACCAGAUAAAGAUAAUAAAAAUUCUCCCUUGGUAGAAAAACAUUAUUAUUUGGUCGAGGAUUUAUGCGGAAAAAAUAACGACCAAAUAAAGCAGGAAUUAGCAAAUAGUAAAAAACUACUCCAAGAAAAAGAACAAGAAUUAGCCAAAUUACGAAAGCAACAGCCAAAUAAUCCAACUAAUACUGGUAAUAAUAAAGAUAAUAGCAAAGUCAACUUAGCCAUUGGUGAAUAUAAUUCUUGA